ACAGUCUACGACAAAAGUCCUUCGAAACUAACAGUAAUUUCAGAAAAACAUCAGCCAUGCAAAUUUUCAUUGUGUACGUCACCGCAAUAGCCGCGGUAGCAUAUGCCCGGCCAGGCGGUGAUUACGAACACUUGGAAUUGGCUGGCGGUUACGAAGAUGGUGGACAUUUCGGAGGCCAUGAAGCUACCAGCUACUCGCACGGUGGACUAAUAGCUAACGAGAUUGGCCACGGUGACGAAGGACAUCAUGAGGAGCACGUCGACUACCAUGCACCCGCUAAAUAUCACUAUGACUACGCAGUUCACGAUUUGCACACCCACGACAUUAAGUCCCAAUGGGAAACCAGAAACGGAGAUAAAGUAAAAGGCGAAUACACCGUAGUUGAACCAGACGGUUCUAAAAGGAUAGUCUCCUACACAGCCGACAAACACACCGGAUUUCACGCCAUCGUUAAAAAAGUUCACGAUUACUAGAAUUCGUAUUGGGUAAGAACAAAAAAUGUUGAAUAAAAGUGGCAUACUAUCAAAAAUUGCGUAGUUAAAAGUUGUAGUAAAUUUACUAAUUUUAGAAUGUAUUUGUAGGUAGUUUAUUAACUUAUUAUUCUCAUUUAUUUUAAAAUUAUAUUUUGGAUAACAGGUUUACUUAUAUUGAAGUAAUGUAAGUAAUCUUUUAAUGCUCAUAUUAAUUUAUACGGUUGAAUAUGGUGCAAACAAGUUUUCAAUGUUUAUUUUGUUAUUAGUAUUUACACUUAUUAGUCAACGCGUUUCAGUAUUUAAUUUGUGCUACUGUACCAAGUUUUCUGAUAAUUAUAAAUAAACGAAUUUGAUAUUAUUUAGGUUUAAAAUAUCCAAUAUUUAUAGAGUUCUUUCUAAAUUUGUAUAUAGAUCCACAUUUUUUAUUAAUCUGAUUUUCUGACUAACCUAUACAGGUACCUUCAUUUUGUAUAUAAGUUACUACUUUUCUAAGUUUUCACAGUAACUCUUAAAUUUUGACUUACAAAAAAUAUGAAAAAUACAAAAUACUUUUCGAUUUUGUCAGUUUUUGACUUUGCAAAUCUAUCUUAUGCAAAAUGUCUUAUAAUUGUUUACCUAAUUCUGAUUUUAAUUUUAUUUUUAGCUUAAUUUUAUAGGCUGGGUAUCCUUUACAGUUGCACUGCUUAAUUAUUCUCGAUUUAAUGGAAAAGAAUGUCUAUCAUGUAAAACAUGGUUUGUGUAUGACUUAUUAUGACCUACAUUUCUUAGCUUUGUGUCUGUAUUAUUGAAUUUUUAAUUAAUUCUUUAAGCUUAAGGAUAUAAGGCAGAGAUUUUGUUUGAGGUAAUCGACAAAUAUAAUAUUGUUUACUGAUACAUAUCAAUAUCUUCAAAUAACCCAUUUUUUCUUUUAAAUGUAGGAUCCUUUAAAAUAUCUUACAAUGCUGUCCGAUUUCCAAACUUUUGUACUUUCUUAUUUUGUAAGGUAUCGCAAAUCCAUCCUUGCGUCACUCUUGUUGUUUGGGAAAGUAUGUAUUAUUUAUUUUCAUAUUUUACAUUUUUUUACUUUCUUUUACUGUAGUAUAAUAUGAUCUAAUUUAAUGGUAUAUUCUAACUUAUUUGCUUUAAAUAUAUUGUUUCCUGUUAUUUCGUAAAAUCUUAUUGUUAAACUGGCUUAAAAACACGUCUGUUUUUACGUCCAAAGAUUUGACUUUCUUUUGUUGUUUUGGAAAUCAUUAUGUCGCCAUCACACGAACGUUAUAAAGUAUCUUAUUACUGUCACAAUUAACUUGGAUUAUCGCCAUUCAAAGCGCAUUACAAUAGCGCUGAUUUAUGGUGGUACACUUGUCCCAUGAACCACCCAACGGUCAGAGAGUCCUUUCUGUCCAUCUCAAAAAAAUCUUCCUACUGAGAGAGCGUAUAGUAAGCACGACACGUUCAUUCUUUUGCGCCUUGGAUGGCGUCCAUUUUCUUUCACCAGCGACCUCUAAGUUUUACACAAAAUACUUGUACUUAUCGCUAUGUGGAUGAUGAUUUCAUGUCUGUUGCUUUUACUCCUACAUAAUUUCUAUGGUAUUCGUCUCUUAUUCUGUCUCUUUUGGAUGCCAGUAGUGAUCUAAUUGCAUCCAUUUUCACUACGCUAGCCUAAUUUUAUUCAUUUUGGCUAGUCGUGUAGUUUUUAUAGCGUCUAAUACACUACUUUGUGUACAUAUUCGAUACUUUUGGUUCGAUAUUUGAGUAUUCGUCAGAUAUAUCGAUGGCUUUCUUUGCUUAUCCAAUUCUUGAGAUAAUUUUUUUGUUAACCGGUUCCAGGUUUAUCAAGUAUUACUUCAAAAGGUUUGUAAUCUUAACAGCCUUCCAUUUCUUAGUUAUUUUUCAUGUCAAGAUAAGCCUCGAUAAGCUAAUUUAUUCGAGAACAACUUAUCAUCUUGAGUAGUUUUUAAUUAAUUUACGCAUCAUAUACUCCAGAUCAUCUUUUUUAUUUGCAAUUAUGUCCUGGUUGUUUGCACAAUGGAGUGUAUCUGUAUAGAUAUUAUUGUUUUUACUAAUUUCACAACAUUAAAAAAAGUGGUGAAAACCUUAAAUUAAAUAUCUGUCCGUCUGUCUGUCCAUGUACAUAACUGCUUUGUUAUUGAAACAAAUAUAAUGACAAGUAAGUAUCGAAUGAGAGCUUAUAACCCAAAACUGGUAUUAUCAUAGUUUAAUGCCAGUAGUUGCAAGUCUUCCUUUUAGUUCUAAACUUAUCGAUUCAUAUUUGUGAUUUUAUCUGUUUCAUAAGUACUAAUUUAUUAUGUAGCAGAGGUAAAAUAGUAUCUAAAAACUUUAUUACUCCUAUUUGGUCAUUUGCAAGCUAAUAUCAAGAAAUCAAUAUGUCAAUAUGUAUCUUAUAUCAUAGGAAGGCUUUUGUUAAGAUUUGUGCAUUGUAGAUUUUAAAAGAGUGGUUUCGCCUUCUAGAUCUUUCUACACUGCAGUCUAAAAAAUAUUUUGUACAUACCUCUAGAUCGAGACGUGUCCUAAAAAUCGAGACUUUUAAGAAAAACCUGUACUAAAAAGUCUUGCUUGAGGUGUUUAUUAUUGCGUUGGUGACAUUGGUCAAUUAAGGUUUUUGAUACUUGGUCAAUUAAGAUAUUUAGCCAAUUUUUGCUUGUCUUUGGCCUGGAAUAUAUUCUAAAUAGGCUGCACUCAGCUUAUUUUUGUAUUUCCAAACAUUUUUAAUGUCAUCGCUUUUUGGAUUGAUUCUGGUUUAAUAAAAUGAGUGUUAACUUCUUUAGCCAGAAUAUCAGCAAUCAGAUUACUAACAAUUUCUAGCUCUAUGUCUUAGCAUCCCUUCUUCUUCUUCUUCUUAGCCUUCUGUCGUCCAUGUUUGGACAUAGGCCUCUCCCAACUCCUUCCAUCGGUCUCUAUCCUGAGCAACAUAUUUCCAAUUUGUUCCGGCUAUUCUUUUAAUGUCCUCAAUCCAUCUCAUCUGUGGUCUUCCUCUUGGUCGUUUACUUUCGUAGUAGCAUCCCUAACACAGUUAUUUUGAUGUGUUUUGUGAGUUGCUUAAAGUGUUUCUUCGUAAACGUUUUUAGUUCAGCUUGGCUGUCUAAGGCAUUAGACAUUUUGGAAGAAUUAAGGUUGCUUUCAGAUAUUAUUAAGCACCAAACUUUGUUGCUACUAAUUCUGCUUAAAAUAUUUGGAAGUAUUUCCUAGAGGAUAUUGUUAGGACCAUUAACCCCUAUUGUUAAUUCUUUAUGUGUUUCUUCACAGUAAUAAGUAAAGACACUUCUUAUGAUUUCUGAGAUUACUUUGUGUAAAGAAUUUUGUUUUAAACUUAUCAAUAGAUUUGAUUCUGCAGCAUAUCCUGACCCUUAUUAUUAUGUUCUGAUAGAUGUAGGCAUAGGACUUUUGAGCUUGAUAUUUAAAAAUAUGAGAUUUCAUAUUUAAAGGUAUAAUUAUUGGAUCUAUAUGUGUUAAAAUGUUAGUUAUUGUAUCAACAGUAAAGUUAAAAUGUAAUAUAAAAGCAUAUUGUGUAAAUAGAUUCUGCAAUCUAAAGAAUCAUUUAUUACUUUUUUUUAAGUAUUUUUAAUUUUUUGUUUAUCGUUAAAUACUAUUUUUUUCCAGUAUUUAUUAAUCUUGGUGUAAAUAAAAAACGAUAUGUAAAGCAUAAAAUUAGAGAGGACAAUUAGUGGAUGGUAAAAGCUUGAAAAUAAGUCGAUGUCAUUUUUAUUUAAACACAAAAACCACAUCAACCUAGUUAUGUUAUUAGUGGAUAUAACAAACACAUUAUACAUCAACACAAGUAUUACAUUAAAAAGAAUUGUACUUGAUAAACAAUGUUAAUAAUAUUUUUUUGGUGAGAAUUGUUUUUUCGAUCAUCAUCUAUGAUUACGCGUGAUCUUCGUACUUUCAUGAUUUCCAGACAAACACGCAUGAUAGGUUUAACGGUCAAGGGAUCAGAACAGUAUAUUGGUAGUGGUUCUUUUGAUAUUAAGUAUUUGUGUGUUUAAUAAAUACAAUGUAGAUGGUUAAUAAUAACUUGGUUGCUUCUGUUUGAAGUAUUAUCCAGUACAGCAUUUAUCUUUAGGCAGAUUACAUUUAGUUUUGUACCUAAUUUUUCCCAAUAAUUUUGCCAUGUAUUCGUAAAGUGGAGUUUAACCAAAUUCUUUAGAUCGGUAUAUUUUUGAUCGACUUUUGUUUGCCAAUUGAUCUGCUUUUGUAUUUUCGUAGAUACCUGUAUGUGUAAGUACCCAAAUAAGUUUUGUUUAAGAAAGUGUAAAACUCACUCAAACUCACAAGGUUCUACUGUAAAAUAAAUCAGAUAUGUUAGAACGAAUGUUAGAAUGUUGCUGAGAUAGUGGUUUAUCUGUCUUUUCCGUGGAAGAGAGACUAUUUUGUGGUUUAGUUUCUUUUAACAUAAGGAUAUUAUUUUUUAAUUUUAAAUUGUGGGUUUAACAGUAAACAAAAUUAAGGAUCUUUAAGGAUCACAUUUCUUGUAAGUCUAGAAAAAUCAAAAGAUUUUCGUAGGAGUUUCUUUUUAACUUUUUUAAAUUUUUCUUUGGUUUGCUUACUACAGGAACAGUGAAGAUAGGUGAAUCGGUCUGUGGGGUAUUUUCGUUAAUGUCUGGAGGAGAUGAGAUAUAUCUUUUUAGUUGAUUGGAGACGUUUGUAAUAAUUGAAGAUGGUGUUUUUUAUACUAGAAUGGGCUUCUAAAGCUAAUGUUGUUUGGGGUUUAUAAUGUUUGAGUUUUUAAGAAAGAUAUUUGACUUAUUAUUUAUAUAUCAUGUCAUGUUGUCACCAGUUUCAUCAUAGUUUGUUCUGCUUGCUUAUUAGAUGCAUUUACUACAGUUAAAUUGUUUUGGAAAGCUCUGUGUACAUUAGACGUAGUUGAAUUAGCUUUAUCAGAGCAUUUUUGUUCUGUUUAGUUAUUAGAUAUAUUUACUGUUGUUAAUAUGUUUUGGGAAUUUUCUAAGUGUGUGUUAAAAUUGGUUGGAUGAGCUUUUCUAGACCAUUAUCCUUCCUGUUGCCAUUGGUACAGUUAAAUCUUUUAUCGAAAGGCAGAAUCGGUAAGUGUUAUUUUCAUGAGAGAUGAUAAAAUAAUCAGGAACAGACAUAUUAUAUAAAAGUGUAAUACAUUUUUGCUUUAUUAAACUCAAGAAAUGGCUGUAUCUGAUUUUAGGCAUUCCUAAUCUUGGGAAAGUUGUAUUUGAGACUGCGUUUAUACUCAUCUUCUGAAGAUCUUGUUUAAUUAACGUGUUUGGAACAGUAGGUUGAUAUUACAAGUGUCUGAGCUGAAGUGACCAUUCUUCAUAUUUCUAUUUGGGUUUCUUUUGUAUUAAUAUAUUUGUGGGAAAAAAUAAGUGAACCAACUGUAUUUGUAGAAGAAAGAUAUAAAUAUAUCCUAUUGUAGAGAGGUAUACGUUACGUGCACCAUGUCAAUGUUUUAUAUUGAAACAUUUAAAAUCAUUUAAACAAAUAAUAUGUUUUUAGGUUAGAUCUUAACUUUACAAUUACUUCGUUACAUUAAGUAAGAACUAUGUCUUGCCUUUACAGUAGUAUUUGUUAUGUUUUGUUAUUGUUUAAUAGUUAGGUAGUGUAUAUAUGAUUAUUAAAAACCUUCAAAAUCAUUUAAUAUCGUACAACGUACUACAUAAAGGUUGUAAACUCAAUUGUAAAAAACUCAAUUUUUGUAUUUGUUAGAGAAAAUUAAGUUGUUAACAAAAUAUCCUUAUUUAACACUAUGGGCUAAUAAAAAAAAUCAUUGAGCAAUCUAUUCGUACCUUCAGUGGUAUUUUAAGUGUCUUUGUUUUUCUGAAUAUUUAGUUGAGUUUAAAAUCCUUCCAAGCUUCUCUACCGAUGUGCUCUUGCAUAUAAUUUCUACUCCAAAUUUAAAGCUUUUGGUUCAAAAUAUAGGAAUAAAGUAAAAAUAAAAUAAAAUGUUUUAACGCUUCGAUCUGAAUUUAGUAAAUUUAUUUAGCAGAUCUGGAUUUAGAUACACCUUCGAUGUGUUCAUGGUUGUCGAUGUUUUUAAUACAAUUUAUAUUAUAUUUUUAUUAUCUUAUUGUAAAUAAUCAUGUUAUAGUUAUUGCUUUAAUAAAAAUGUUAUUUAU